AUGUCCUCCCAGAACUUCAUCUCCUCGCCCAUAUCUCCCAAUACGCACCGCGCUCGACGCAGCAAGUUCACAUGGAAGCACCUGUCUACGCUCGCCCAUUCCGCCACGAACUGUCCUCUGCGCGUGAUAGCGCAUAUCGAUCUCGAUGCAUUCUACGCACAAUGCGAGAUGGUCCGGCUGGGCGUGGACAACGACCAGCCGCUCGCAGUUCAGCAGUGGCAAGGCCUCAUCGCCAUCAACUAUCCCGCCAGAGCAUAUGGUCUGAACCGCCACGUCACCAUCACCGAAGCGAAAGAGAAAUGCCCAGACAUCAUAUGCCAGCACGUCGCGACAUGGAAAGAGGGAAACGCGAAAUGGGAAUAUGCAGAUGAUGCGUUCAAGGAGAUUGCCGUCAGGAAGGUCAGCUUGGAUCCAUAUCGGAUUGAGAGCAGGAAGAUUUUGAAGUGUAUUAAAGAUACGUUGCCUGCGGAUAAGCAAAGAGUGGAGAAGGCGAGUAUUGAUGAGGUGUUUUUGGACUUGUCUGCGCAGGUACACGGUAUUUUGUUGGAGAGAUAUCCGGAGUUGAAGGGGCCACCGCCGUAUGAUGAUCCUUCGGAACCGCUGCCAAAGCCGCCGACGACUGUGCUGGAUUGGAAAGCAGAUGCUCUGGUCGAUCUGGAUGAGAAGCAUACAGAAGAAGACGAUCCGGAUUGGGACGACAUCGUAAUGUUGGUUGCGUCCGAGAUUGUGAGAGACGUGCGAGCUGCGGUGUUCAGAGAACUGAAGUAUACCAUGUCUGCCGGAGUCAGCAGGAACAAGAUGUUGGCAAAGCUGGGCUCCGGUCACAAGAAACCCAACUCACAAACUGUGAUUCGCAAUCGAGCAGUUCAGCACUUUCUAUCUGGCUACAAGUUUACCAAAAUUCGCAACCUAGGCGGCAAACUGGGCGAUCAAGUCGUUGCCGCCUUCAACACGGAUACUGUCGCUGAGCUUCUGCCGGUUCCGAUCGAACAGUUGAAGAAGCAGCUUGGUGACGAUACCGGGUCCUGGCUAUACGAUGUCCUGCGAGGCGAAGACAACAGCGAGGUCAAUCCACGCACACAAAUCAAAUCUAUGCUGUCUGCCAAGUCUUUUAGACCAUCGAUCAACAGUUUCGAAGUAGCUUGCAAAUGGCUGCGAAUUUUCGUUGCAGACAUAUUCGGCCGACUGGUUGAGGAGGGUGUGCUCGAGAACAAGCGCCGGCCGAAGACCAUCAGUAUACAUCAUCGGCAAGGUCAGCAGACAAGAAGCAAAUCAGGACCGAUCCCAAUGGGCAAGACUAUUUCGGAAGAGAUUUUGUUCGACUUGGCCAAGAAUUUGCUAGCGCAGGUCAUUGUUGACGGAAGAGCCUGGCCGUGCGCCAAUUUGUCCAUGCAAGUGGGCGGCUUUGAGGAUGGUGUUACUGGCAACAUGGGCAUCAAUGGUUUUCUGGUACGCGGUGAGGAGGCCAGGGCUAUGCAGGCUGCCACCCUUCAUCGCGAAGAAUCAUUGGAGAACGGGCCCUCCAAGAAAAAGCGGCGCAUCAAAGUUGGCGGAAUUCCCACUGUAUUUGCACACAAGUACAAUAGCUGGGGCAGCGAUGUGGAAGACGAAGACGAAGAGGGCAUCCCUCCCUCCGAAGGCACUCAGAUCAAGGAGGAGGAUCUUCUGGAUGUUCCUACUUCAGCACACGCUGAUGACGGAAUCCCUCUCUGGGCACGCGGGCACGACUCACCCACACCCGCUGCCCUUGACGAGGAGGAACAUGACUCUGACGAUCUGUACACUUGUGAUCGUUGCAAUAAAAGAACAUCGACAGCGGAACGCACCGAGCACGAAGACUUUCAUUUCGCACAGGACCUGCAAAGACAAACGAGUCCUAGCAGACCUCCACCCAAGCCGGUUCCUUUGGCAAAGCCUGCUUCAUCGUCGAAGGCGAAGGGGAAAGGGCGAGGAAAACCUGGCAGCAGCGGCGUCGGACAACCUGAGAAGGGACAGCGCAGACUGGCGUUCGGUUAA